GGGGCGCACGCGCCGUAUUGUACUACCGAAAUGAAAAUUGAUACAGAACGAGUAAUCAUUGAAGUUCAUCUGCGGCCCGUUUUGUGGGAUAAACGCAAUGAAUUAUACAAAAACAGGGACGCGAGGGAGGCUGCAUGGAGAGAUAUUUUGAAGGAAUUGGCACCUAACUACGAAAAUUUGAGCGAAGAGGAAAGAAAAGUGGCGGACAAGAAAAUACAACAACGCUGGCGAACAGCAAGGGACACUUACCAUAAAGACAAGAUAUCUGAAAAAAAUCAGCCAUCCGGCUCUGGGAGUAAGAAGAAGAAGAAAUAUUCUUACUAUGACAUUUUGACUUUCUUAGACAGUACAACGGAAACUGCUGGAGAAGAGUCACUCUGUGAAGAAAUGUCUGAACAAAGUAAUUUAGAAACACCUAAUGAGUCCACGCAACCAGGUACUUCACGUCAAGAAAGUUCUCAACUAACAUCACAACGUAAUUUAGAAACACGUAAUGAGUCCACGCAACCAGAUACUUCACGUCAAGAAAGUUCUCAACUAACAUCACAACGUAAUUUAGAAACACGUAAUGAGUCCACGCAACCAGAUACUUCACGUCAAGAAAGUUCUCAACUAACAUCACAACGUAAUUUAGAAACACGUAAUGAGUCCACGCAACCAGAUACUUCACGUCAAGAAAGUUCUCACCCAACAUCAAAACAAAAACAAGUAAAAUCUAAAAAGCAAGCACCAUCUGAAUUUGAGGCACAGUUAUUAGAAUGCUUAAAGUCUAAUCAACUGGAGCUAGAAAGUGAGGAUUUGGCUUUCUUUCAGUCUCUGCAGCCUUCAUUAAAAAGAUUCACUAGAUAUCAAAAACUAAUGUUCAGAACAAAAGUGUUAAAUAUAGUUAUGGAAAUGGAAAGUCAAACACAACCUGCAUACUACAGUCCCAUACCUACAACAAGUUCUAGUGCUUUUACUGAGCUUGACAGUUUGUCACCGAUAAAUCAAGAUUACCAAACCAAUAGUAUAAUCCAGGAUACUUCGAGUCUUAACGACAAUGCUAUUAGUUCUGCUGCAGUGAAUGACAAUGAAACUCUUAUUUCGACUGAAAGCGGCUUGUUUAAUAUCACGUCUUAUGACGUAAUUUAUACCCCAGCAACAACAUCGUCUACAGGCGAAAGAAAUGUCAACGCUCAGGAUACAAAUUUACAAAGAAAUGAAUGAUGUAAAAUUUGAUUUUUUAAUUUAUGAAUAAAACUCUUUUUAUUAAAAUGAGUA